GAUAAAUUAUUUCCUGGAGGCGGUUAGUAGUCGUAACCACCAUGCAAAAAUUAAAAAAACUGGGUGGUCAAUGUAAAUCACCACCAUGCCUCAAAGAUAAUAAGAUACAGGUAUAAUAACAUAAUAUUACUCAAUAUACUUAUCUGAAGUUUUAAUGGCAAUUUAAUAAAAAAGAAAAAUCCAAAUUGAAUAUUAUUCAUAUUAUGAUAUUAAACAUAAUAUACUAUAUAAGUACACUCAAAGUGGAAAUUAUAAGUAGUACUCAACCCAACAAAAAAUUAAUUCAAUUCCGAACACUACCCCCAGUUACAAUACAAAAUAUAUUAAUAAUAGCGUCUUUGGAAACAAAAACCAUCGAUGAUUUUCGUACGAUCAUCUGUCACUUAUUAUGUUUAGCUGGCCAUUUUGAUGUACGAGAAUGUUAUUAUAUUCUACUCGGUCUCUAUGCAAUUAUGUUAGUGUAUUAUUGUACAAACGUUUAAUGAACUCAGUUAUAUUUUUCGUCUUUCACAAAACAUAUUUUCGUUUUUAAAUUUAAAUAGAUUACCGGAAUAUAAUAAUCAUGCGUGAAAUUUGUCAUUUACAAGCUGGUCAAUGUGGAAAUCAAAUUGGUGCAAAGUUUUGGGAAGUAAUUUCCGAUGAACACGGCAUUGAUCCAACAGGAUCAUAUCAUGGAGAUUCUGAUCUACAACUAGAACGAAUCAAUGUCUAUUAUACUGAAGCGCUAGGUGGUAAGUAUGUACCUCGAGCAAUUCUUGUGGAUUUGGAACCUGGUACCAUGGACUCAGUGAGAUCUGGUCCUUUUGGUCAAAUUUUCCGCCCAGAUAACUUUGUUUUUGGACAAUCUGGAGCAGGCAAUAAUUGGGCCAAAGGACAUUAUACAGAAGGUGCAGAGCUAGUGGAUUCAGUUUUAGACGUAGUCAGGAAAGAAGCAGAAAGUUGCGAUUGUCUGCAAGGAUUCCAACUGACCCAUUCGUUAGGAGGAGGAACUGGUUCCGGGAUGGGCACACUUUUGAUAUCUAAAAUUCGAGAGGAAUAUCCGGACCGUAUUAUGACCACAUACAGUAUUGUUCCUUCACCCAAGGUAUCAGAUACCGUGGUGGAACCGUACAACUCCACAUUAUCCGUGCACCAGCUUGUGGAGAACACCGACAAAACGUUUUGCAUCGACAACGAAGCACUGUACGACAUAUGCUUCCGGACUCUAAAGCUCACCACACCCACGUACGGUGACUUGAACCACUUGGUUUCGGCGGCCAUGUGCGGCGUAACCACGUGCUUCCGGUUCCCCGGGCAGCUCAACUCCGAUCUCCGAAAACUGGCCGUCAACAUGGUGCCGUUCCCGCGUUUGCAUUUCUUCAUCACCGGGUUCGCACCCCUCACAUCUCGUGGCAGCCAGCAGUACCGUGCACUGACCGUCCCUGAACUGGUGCAGCAAAUGUUUGACGCUAAAAACAUGAUGGCAGCGUGCGACCCGCGCCACGGUCGGUACCUGACAGCCGCAAGCAUAUUCCGCGGCCGUAUGUCAAUGAAAGAGGUGGACGAGCAGAUGCUCAACGUGCAGACAAAGAACUCCAGCUACUUCGUCGAAUGGAUACCCAACAAUACGAAAACCGCAGUGUGUGACAUACCACCCAGGGGCUUAAAGAUGUCGGCAACGUUCAUCGGCAACACAACAGCCAUACAGGAGAUGUUCAAGCGCGUGUCCGAGCAAUUCACAUCCAUGUUCCGGCGCAAGGCUUUCUUGCAUUGGUACACCGGUGAGGGCAUGGACGAGAUGGAGUUCACCGAGGCAGAAUCCAACAUGAAUGACCUGGUGUCCGAGUAUCAACAGUACCAGGACGCGACCGUCGAUGAGGACGGUGAAGGAGAUGACGACGAGGAGGACGCAGAUGCAUAAGUCCGCUGCAGCAGCCACAGCUGUUACCCAUAUAUUUCAAUUACUACUACAUUAUAUACGUUCUAUUAAAAAUUAUGCUUUUGUAAUGCAACAUGCGUCCCAUUGCGAGUAAUCGCAAAUCAAAAAAAAAAAUUGUCAUCGAUGUAGUUGAAUUGUGCUAAAUACGCACACGAAAUAUAUAUAAUAAGUACUUAUUACUUACCAUUCAUA